UCAUAGAAGAUAUAUAACUCAAUCGUCAUCAUCAUCAUGUUUUGGUUUAUAUGUUUAACAACAUUAACAGCAAUGGCAUCUGUACCUAUUUAUCGAAUAUUCGGCACAACAAUUCGUCAUCGUUCACGAUUAUUAUGUCAACAUUUAUAUCGUUCAUCCCUUGUUAAUAAUCAUUGGAAUCAAACAUUAUCGUUAUCGUCGUCAUCGAAUGGUAAAGAAAAAUUUCGUAUUUAUACUCGUACUGGUGAUAGUGGUACAUCGGGAUUAUUUACCGGUGAACGUCGACCAAAAGAUGAUGCAAUAUUUGAAGCUUUAGGUACAACGGAUGAACUUACUUCCUCGAUUGGUUUUGCUCGUGAAUUUAUCAAUGAUCCAAUAAUUCUUGAUGAACUUGAACAAAUUCAAUGUAUUCUACAGGAUUUACAGGCAACAGUUGCAACACCAAAAAGUUCAUCAAAUGAAUUUCAAUUACGUAAAACAAAAUGGAAUGUUAAUCAUUUGAUUGAUUUGGAAAAAUGGUUAGAAAUUCAUACGGAUAAAUUACCACCAUUACGUAAUUUUAUUCUACCAUCUGGUGGUAAAGCUGCAUCUUCAUUGCAUUUGGCAAGGGCUAUAUGUCGACGUGCUGAACGAAGAUUAAUACCAUUGUUAGAUGAAGGUCUGGAACUUCCAGUUGUACAAUAUCUAAAUCGUCUUAGUUCAUAUCUUUUUAUUGUGGCAAGAGUUUGUUGUCAACAAGAAGGCCAUAAAGAAGUUGUUUAUUGGGAAAGUUUCUUUUCAAAAAAAAAACAUUUAUUUACUUUUAUAAUUUAGUAUCGUUUGAUUCAAUAUAUUCUAACAAUGAGUUAUGAUCGUGCUAUAACCGUUUUUUCACCCGAUGGUCAUCUAUUUCAAGUGGAAUAUGCACAAGAAGCUGUAAAAAAAGGUUCAACUGCGGUUGGUGUUCGAGGAAAAAAUAUUGUUGUUUUAGCUGUGGAAAAAAAAUCCGUUGGAAAACUACAAGAAGAUCGAACAGUGAGAAAAAUAUGUUUAUUAGAUGAACAUGUUAUGAUGGCAUUUGCCGGUUUGACAGCUGAUGCUCGAAUUCUAAUCGAUCGUGCUCGUAUUGAAUGUCAAAGUUAUCGUUUGACAGUUGAAGAUAAAGUUUCAGUAGAAUACAUUACCCGUUAUAUUGCCCAACUUAAACAAAAAUAUACCCAAUCAAAUGGUCGUCGUCCAUUCGGUAUUUCGAAUCUAAUUGCUGGAUUCGAUGAUGAUGGUACAGCAAGACUUUAUCAAACCGAUCCAUCGGGUGUUUAUCAUGGUUGGAAAGCAAACACUACUGGUCGUAAUGCUAAAUCUGUUCUAGAAUAUUUGGAAAAAAAUUAUAAUGAUGAAGCAAUCGAAACAAAUGAAUCAACAAUCAAAUUAGCCAUCAAAGCUUUAUUAGAAGUUGUACAAGGUAAAAAUCUUGAAGUAGCUGUUAUGGAAAAAGGUAAAUUAAUGCGUGUAUUAGCUGCCGAAGAAAUUGAUAAAUUUGUUACACAAAUCGAAAAAGAAAAAGAAGAAGAAAUGGAAAAAAAGAAAGCUAAAUAAUCAGAAAGAAUUUUCAAACAACAAAAAUAAAUUUUG